AUGGAUAGCGGAGAGCAAGGAGGAUUCGAGCUGAAGUCAGGGAACGGAGGAACAAUUCUCGAGCCUGCCUCCGCGCCAUUCACUCCCCCUGUCCUCGUCAUCGGGCCACCUCCUCCGCCACAUUCAUCCGCGCCACACCCCCACCCUCCCCCCUUCCACAGCAUUCCCCUCACCACGGGAGGAACAACCUCAAAAGGGCCCGCGAGCGCACCCUUCGCGACUCUCCUCCACCCCCACUCGCGCUUUUCCCUCCUCGCCUCCUCGUCCAUCGAAGUUGGUUCGCCUUGCUCCACUCCGCCCACCCCACCUCUUCCCAACGCUCACUGCCACAUCCAACCUCUGCUAGAGUGCAUCUCACUCGUCGCCAUGGCUACUCUCGACUUGCUGGGCUUGGCGCUCCCUGUGCCCCGCGCGUCGCCGUCAUCGCAGCCCGCCCGUGCGACUGUCGCAGGCUCCCUCCGCGUCGCGUCGCUGCCAGCAGUGCGUGUGGCGAGCCGGCGACCGCUUCAAGUGGUGGCGGUGGCAGCGGGCUCCGUGGAUGCCGAUUCGUCAGCCGACCUGGUGCUUGUGGAUCACUACAAGCGACUCGGCGUCUCCAGAAACGCCAACAACGCCGAGAUCUUUAAAGCGUUCGAGGCGCGGUGCGAGCAGCUGACGAGCAACCCGAACCUGGACGAGGAGGCGGCCCGGCAGCAACUGCUGUCGCUCGAGGUGUCGUUGGACGUGCUGACGUCAGAGGAGGAGCGGCGGCUGUACGACUGGGCCAUCAUCCGUGCGGAGCAGGGCAGCGCUGCCGACUACGUGUGGCCCUUUGAGACCGACGUCACUCAGAAGAACUUCACCCAAGGCGUCGGCAACCCACCCCGCCCGAUGAGUCCCGAUGACCCCGAGGGCACAGCCAAGCUCGGCUACUUCCUACUGGCCUGGUUCGCGGUGUCUUGUGUCCUCAGCCUCACCCUCUACUAG